AUGGAUGGGAAUUUAAAUAAAAAAGUGUAUUUAAAUCCAAAUUUUAAAGGACCUCUAAUAAACAACAGUUGGCCCUUUAUACAUCCUAAUGUUCAAAAUUUGUAUCAAUGUUUUCCACAGCAAAUGCAAAAUGAUAUGUUAUUUGUAGAAAAUAACUCUAAUAGGCGGAUUUAUGUUAAUCCAAAUUUUAAACAAGUCAAGCAUGAAAAUCGGGCAAACUCAACAUUCCAGGAAACAAAUAUAAAAGCUGAGAGUAUGAAGUCUUCUCCAAAAUUAAUAUCUACAUCAAAAUACUCAUUAGUAGCAAAUGUAACUAAAAAUGUAAUUAGCCAAAGAAAUAACUACAGGGAAGAUAGACAAUACAAUAGUAUGUAUACCACACAAAAGACAGACAUAAGCAAUCAAAGUAUUAAUACACAAAAAGUACUACAUGAUAAAUAUCAAAAUGGAGUACCGAUUGUUAAGUCUCGUUACACCAUUGUUAGAAAGAAUAAAGAUUUAUCAAAUAUUAAAGCAGAAAAUAAACUUGAGAAUUUAAAAGAAAAGAUAAGUUCCAGUUUAAAUGAAACUCCAAAUAAAAGUUUGAGUGUUGGCACAUGUAAUAAUAAUGUCAAUCAUAGUAUAAAAAAUCAUGAAUAUGUUAGAUCUGAGAACAAGCCCUCAGAGAAAAUAACAAAAAUCAAAAUAAGCAAGUAUAAAACAGUACCUAUAACAUACUUGAAGAAAAACCUUUCAGUAAUCAAGGCUAAGGAGCUUAAAUCAAACCCCACAGUUUUGCAGACAAAAAAUACUGCAAAAUUCAAUAAGCUUGAAUUUUCUUUGAAUAAUAAUAGAUAUAAACUGAUACGACCUAGUUCAAAACCCCUUACACAUCUUAAUUCUCCGAAAGCGUUUAUUCAAGCUUUAAAUAAAAAUGAUCCUAGUAAAAUAAAAUUGUUAAGGGCAAAUUUCAAAGUUAAUAAUAUUCCUUGUCGAUUAUUUACCAAAUACGGAAAAUGUCUAAGAAAAGAUUAUGGAAAAUGUGAAUUUCUCCAUGACAAGAAACAUGUAUCAUUAUGUAGAAAAUUCUUAAAAGGAAUAUGUCACGACAGUAAUUGUACACUUUCACACGAGUUAACAGCUAAUAAGAUGCCUACGUGUUUCUUUUAUUUAAAGGGUGUUUGUACUAAAGAAAACUGCCCUUAUGUGCAUGUUAAAUUAAGUGAAAAAAUCAAAAUGUGCCCCAACUUCUUGAGGGGGUACUGUGAAAAAGGUGACACAUGCAAAUUAAGACAUGUGAAAGUAAAUCAGCCUAAAUUGUUAUCGAUUAAUUCACGUAAUAAAAUACAAAACAAAAUUAUAAAAUUAAAAAAAGGGAAACCAAAAGGUAGUAUUCAAAGUAAAAGGUUAACAUUGUGUAGUGAUAGUACUAACAUUAACACACAAAAUGACGAUCAGAGUAAUGUCGAGUGUAGGUAUUACAAAGAAUCAUCUUUUUCCUCUUCUAACGAAAUUAGCAAUAUAAAACCAACUAGAUGUAAGAUAGGUACUUUGCCUUCGUUCAUAGAGUUGUAAAAUAUGUUAAUAUUUUCAUAAUGUAAAGUUUAUUUUUGUACGCGUUAUUGUAUGUUUAACUAGAUCUGUAUGUAUAUAUAUAAUACUUUGAAAUAAAUUUCAAUUAAUACA